UUGUCACUUUUUCUUCCCCGUUUUUGCCAUUUUAAGCAUAAAUUGCUUCUUCUCACACAUUUUUUAAGCAUAUUUGCCACCUUUAACUUAUGUCUAGUGCCACGUCAACCCAUUUUCGCCACGUUUCACCUCUUAGAUUGUGGCUCUUGCAAAGGUGCGUUUGAACAGUUUGGCUCUUCGGUUGAGUAUCACCGGUCUAACAGCACAGAACGGCCCUCCAGCCUGUAGGUGGCAGCACGAGCCAUCUCAGCGAACAGCCUGCCGUUUUAAUAUCAGUAGAAGAAGAAUAGAACCGGAAGCGGCUGUGUGUUUACCCCGAAUGAAUUCGUUUUUCCCGCUGUACCCGCGAAUAAACCGCUUUAAUUUAUAACUCACGGAUUAGACUUGUUCAUCGGGGGUUUCUGGGCUCAGUAAUGCCGUGGAGGUGCUGUGUCCCCGGCUGUAAAGCCUAUGAUGAGGCUAAAUCUAUGGGGGUGAUCUUCCACGGGUUACCGACCAGAGACCCUCCACGGUGCAGACUGUGGCUCCGAGCGAUACAGAACCCGAGGUUUACCGAGGACACCCCGGCGACUAAAUACAGCGGAGUGAGGGUCUGCAGCCUCCACUUUAAACCCGAAGACUACGAGGAAGAUUUCAGGGCUAAGAUACUCAACGUCCCCCCGAAACCGAGCCUGAAGAGCGGGGCUGUACCGUCAGUGUUCCCCGGCAGAGGGCGCGCUGAGCCCGGCUGUGGAGGAGCAUCUCCCCCCGCUCCAAAGAGAAGCAAACCCCAGGUGACACAUUCUGGAGCAGCAGCAGGCUCUCAGCACCUUCCUCCUCCAUCUUCAGCGCCAGACCAGGCGUUCAGCAUUGUGGUGUCUGUUGAUCCUCUGGAUGACGGCGUGCAGUCAGAACCCGAGGUGAACUCGGUCUCUGACGAGUCUGAUGAGGACGUAGACAAAGACUGCGCCGUCGUCUACACCCGCAGCUUGAUGGAGCUGUUCAGGAGGUGUCAGACGUGUGGGCAGCUCAUCGACCAGACGCAGGUGCUCCAAACGGGCGCACAGGUGAAGGUGAAAUGGAGCUGUCAUGGUGGACACUCUGGUGUGUGGAAGUCCUCGCCUAGACUUAGAGAGGCAGUGGAAUGAGACGUCACCUCUGCGUCUGAACGCUGCAGAACUAACGGAGUUUAAGAAGAAGAGCUUUGUUUAAGGAGACGUGACGUAUGGACUGGAGGGCGCCGUCACCUUCACGUCCGACUCAACGGGGGCGGUGCUGCGGGUCAGUGGAGACUCCAACACGCCGUUCCAACACAUAUGUACCCAAGAGGAUCAGGGACGUUGGAAAAGGGCUUUAUGAACUGGAGACAAAGACGAGGAGAAGCAAAAAGAUCAAGAAUCCAUGACUGAGACCACCAAACAGCACGUAAAAAUGAAGAGGAGUGUAAGAGCUUUAGACAACACAGACCCUGGUCCAUCAGAAACCCUCAGACCCUGGUCCAUCAGAAACCCUCAGACCCUGGUCCAUCAGAAACCCUCAGACCUAAGAGACUGCACUGUCAGACAGACUGAGACUGAGGAUGAAGGAAUAAUUCAGGAUUUAGGAAUCUUCUGAACACAUGGUUCAUAUUCAGAGAUAGUCUAACUUGUGAUGUAAAUAUUCAAGUCAGUCUCAGUGAUGAUCUGAAACAGGGCCGGGGCGUGUUUGUAUACUUACAUAUCAGUAGUAUAAAUCCUAUCUGCCUUAAACAGAGGUCUACUGCACCAUCAGAUAUAGGGGAUUGUGUG